UCACUACUGAACAACUUUCUGCCGGGCAGCGUGGCUUCGGCGUUUUCGGCUCCUCCCCUAAAGGAAGCGAGCUUUCAUUAGCGCUUUUCAGACACGCGCUGGGAAGUCACUGCUCAUCUCAUAACAAUAUCACUGUUGUCUAAUUGUAUUGGUUCACAGGAAAAACCUUCGUCAGUGCCAUCCUAGAAGAAGCUGCCACAAAGCAAGAGCACAAACGUCCUCUCAAGAUGGCUGAGAAGCCGCCGCAACCUGGUGUUGACCUGGACCGGAGACAGUUCUGCUGUCCGGUGUGUUUGGACCUGUUCAGAGAGCCUGUCACCGUCCCCUGCGGACACAGCUACUGCAGGGGCUGCAUCGAGGAGUGCUGGCAGCAGGUGGAGGCGAAGGCUCGGAGGUACAGCUGCCCGCAGUGCAGGGAGGUCUUCCAAUCUCGUCCUGUUCUGGGCAGGAACCACAUUUUGGCUGAGGUUGUGGCAAAGCUGGAGGGGACGAGCACCAAAAAGACCUCUCCCUCUGCUGGUCUUACCUGUGCUGGCCCAGAAGAUGUUGCCUGUGAUUUCUGCUGCAAGACCAGCAGAAACAAGGCCUCUAUGUCAUGUCUAACAUGCAUGGCUUCAUACUGUGACUCUCACCUGGCACCUCACUACAGAGUUCCUGUGCUGAAGAUGCACCAGUUGGUCUCGGUUACAGUCCCACUAGACAAAAAGAUGUGCAAGAAACACAACAAGCUGAUGGAGAUUUAUUGUCAGACUGACAAAAUCUGUAUCUGCUAUCUAUGCACCAUAGAUAAACACAGGGGCCACCGCACUAUUUCAGCUAAAGCAGAAAGGGCGACAGAGCAGAUGCAUCUGUUUGUGCAUCAAACCAAUGUCCAGAAGAGUCUCCAGGAAAGAGAACAUGAGCUGAAAGAGUUGGUCCAAGCCCUGGAGGAUUUCAAGAUUUGUAGCCAGAACGCAGUGGAGGACAUUGAUCACAUCGAAUAUAUGCUGAUUUCCUCCAUACAAAAAAAACACGCUUUGGCAAAGCAGAUGAUCUGUGUGAGAGAGAAACAGGCUGUUUCUGAGGCUCAAGAGCUGCAGCUGCAGUUAGAGAAGGUGAUAACCAAGCUGAGGAAACGAAAAGAGGACCUUCAUAAGCUUUCUCUUACCAGCGAUCACAUUCAUUUCAUUCAGGCUUUCCCAGCUCUCUCCACUUCAUGCGAGUCUCCAGCUUUGCCACCCAGUGCUGUUGUUCGCCCUCGUGAGUCAAUGGAAGCAGUCUCUCAGUUUGUAUGCAACGUGAAAGAUAAGAUGGAGGAUCUCCUGAAUGACAUCUGGCCCAGUUUGUCUACCAAAGUGUCUGCUGUUAACGUUGUGCUGCCACCUGUACCAAAAUCCAGAGGACAGUUUCUGCUUUAUUCUCGUAGCCUAACACUUGAUGUCAAGACUGUCGACAGUUACUUGUCCAUCUCAGAAGACCAAAGGCGGUUGACACAUAGCGGUUACAAUUAUUAUGGUUACUCAGACAGAUUUCAGAGUGUGAAGCGGGUGUUGUGCAGAGAGGCUCUGUCAGAGCGAUGCUACUGGGAGGUCAUGUGGAAAGGCUCCUUUUGCGCAGUAGCUGUGGCAUACGAAAACAGCAAACCAUUAAAUGAUUUAGCAUUUGGAAACGAUGACAAAUCAUGGAGCUUGGAGUGCUCCAAGAAUGGCUAUAUUUUCCGACACCAAUACAAUGAACAAAAGCUGUCAGGUCCUCAGUCUUUCCGUAUCGGCGUGUACCUGGAUUACAAGGCAGGCUCUCUGGCUUUUUACAGCAUCUCUAAAACCAUGACCCUGCUCCAUAAAGAAAAGACUACAUUCUCUCAGCCGCUUUAUCCUGGCCUGGGGUUAAAGAAGGAUGAUUCCACAAACAGUUAUGUAGAGAUAAUGAAGUUGUGGUGAUGAAGCGUCUGCUGUUGUCUAGGUGUUUUGUGUAUUGAAAGUUGGUUGCUCAGCUAAACUUGUUGAACUUUGUAGAGGUUUGGGUGAAAUAUUUUCUGUUCAGUAUUAAGACGGUGAUAUUGAAGUGAACAGCAUAGUUAUGUUGUAUUUAACAAAUAAAUAAGCCAGGCUUAAAGAUCUGCAUGUUCCAGCUGUUAAAUUUAUAAUGUACUAUAGCUUUGUUCAAUCACUAGUUCAACUUAAUAAUUUGUAAUUUUCCCUUCCAUAUAUUUUUGAAUAAAGUUCAAG